CAGUCAAUUCUCGAAUGUCAGUCAGUAAUGGCGCGUUUACUCAUCGCUCUACUCAUUACGUUACCAACUCUAUUCGGCAUUGGGAAAACCACUUCCAACUUGACGGAGUUCCUCCAGCAUCGCCAGAAGCGUUGGCUCAUCUUUGAGAAUAGGGGUUCUAUCAAAUUCGCCGUAGGACCUUCGAUGCCCAUACCUCUGGGCGAUAAGGUCAGCUGGCGUUCUCUCGUCCUCUCCUAUAACCUGCACGGCUUCCAGCACAACUUGCCCACGGAACCAACCUGGCCAUGGGAUAAAUGGGAGACCCUCUUUGCGCGCUCGAUGCAGGCAAUGCGUCGGAAUAUAGAGCGGCGUACCGCGAGCGGGGCUGUGCGCUAUCCGGACGAUGCUCGAGAACUUGUCUACACGGCUUUCGAAGAAUACACGACCAGAAGGGCCGGAGGAAAUGAUCCCAACUUGGGGCGUCAGUGUCUGUUGCGCUCUAUUUGCGAAAAUGCACAAAUACAUCAGCAUGUGGGUGUAUUCUCAGAAUUACUAAACAUUGUGUUGAGUCCUGGUAAAGCCGAUUUGGAUGCCAGCUAUCAUGAUGCCUAUGAGGCUGGGAAGUCGGGCGCUAAUUGCUUGCGUCUGUUCAAGGCAUGUCCACGUGGCGCAAACAUUUUGGAUGAAUAUUUGAUUGUUGAGGCUGAUUGA